AUUUUACGGUUAAGUUAUUAUAGCUCAGUUUGAAACUCAGGAAGUGGGGUUGAAUCUCUCACAUCCCCUAUCUGAGAGCUGAAGGAGGAAUAAAAUGUACUUUCGCUCUGACUGUCACUAGCUGGUAGGUCGAGGUACGAACAAAUCUGAGCGCGAAGUGGGAAGAGAUAGAUCGUCCUUCCAACAAAAUAAAUAAAAUCACGGGUCAAAAUCCAGUGAAGAAGGAGAAAUCCUUGGUUCCGAAGAAACCCUGAAGAGAGGUGGCAUCGGAAUCGAUCGAAUCAAUGUCCGUGUGAUCAGCUUGUCAAUUUCACGUCUUCAUCCAGGAUUCCCGCUCGGAAUUUCCAAGGAGUUUAGAAUGAUGGCCAUGCAGCCACGGAGGAUUCGUUUGAAACCAUGGCUCUUGGCACAGGUGGACAGCGGGCACUAUCCUGGGCUUCAGUGGCUGGAUGACCAGCGGAAACAUUUUCAGAUCCCAUGGCGGCAUGCCACCAGGCACGUCCCUACCCAGGACGAUGAAAACACUAUUUUCAAGGCUUGGGCGGUGGAGACGGGCAAAUAUCACCAAGGGGUUGAUGGGCCAGAUCCUGCCAAAUGGAAAGCAAACCUCCGUUGUGCCCUCAACAAGAGCCGGGAGUUCAAACUGAUUUAUGAUGGCACCAAGGAGACCCCCGUGCAGCCAUACAAGAUCUACCAAGUGUGUGAUCUUCAGCAGUCCAAUGGGGGAAACAUCACUCCAGAGACAAUUGACUAUGAAGUGGAUGAUGAGGAGGAGGAGCAACAGCUCCAAGUUUUGUUCCCAUCAAUGACUUUAAAAGAUAAUGCCAGCCUACCACCAUACCCAACACAGACCUGGCUGAAACAGGAAGUUACGGUGCCCGAUUCUUGCAUGAAUGGAGGACUUUCUAACCCGACACUUCCACAAGGGGACCUCACCCAUGCAAAUCUUGAUCACAGUGAACUCUCUCAGCCCAACCUUGCUCAUGGAGGCCUCAUUCAACCAAAUGCCCCUCCUAUCGCUCAAGGAACUCUUAAUCCGCUCCCAGCACAGCAAGUGGACCAGUUCCCAUCAAUGACCACAUCUGAAAUGUUUAUCAAUUCUCUGCCGUUGACUGACCUGGAUGUGAAGUUCCAAUACCGGGGCAAACAGAUGGGAUCGUUGAUCACCGUCAGCAACCCUCAUGGCUGCCGCCUGUAUUAUGGGGACCUAGGCCCUAUCCCAGACCAAGUGGAGCUCUUCGGACCCAUCACCCUGGAGCAGGUCCGUUUCCCCAGCACGGACCAGGUCUCUCACGAGAAACAGCGAUUUUACACCAAUCACUUGCUGGAUGUCAUGGACCGAGGUCUGAUCCUGGAGAUCCAUGGGCAGGACAUUUAUGCCAUCCGCCUGUGCCAGUGUAAAGUGUACUGGUCUGGGCCCUGCGCUAUUGGAGCACCAGGACCUAACCCUCUUGAGAGGGAGAAGAAGAUCAAACUCUUCAGUUUGGAAAACUUCCUCAGUGAAUUGAUAAUGUACCAGAAAGGACAGACUAGUGUUGCCCCGCUCUACGAGAUCCAGCUUUGCUUUGGUGAGGAAUGGCCAGAUGGUAAACCCAAGGAAAAGAAGCUGAUCAUGGUGCAGGUGAUUCCAGUUGUGGCACGGAUGAUGUUCGAGAUGUUUUCCGGGGAGUUGUCUUUCGACAGUACAAGCAUCCGUCUGCAGAUCUCAAACCCGGACCUCAAGGACAACGUGGUGUUUCAGUUUAAAGAACUCCAUCGGUUACUUCAGUCCCAACAGGGCCAGGGCCAAUGGCCGAUGCAGCCUGCCAACCUACAGUGAGGUUACAAAGCGCACAGCAAGAGGAAGUAAACUACCCAGAAUGCUGCCAUAAUUCUCAGGCCCUGGCUCUAAAUCUGCUGCUGACAUCCUUUGAGGAAGAGACCGAGAUCGAGCGCAGGCAGACAGUGAGGCAAACCCUCGAGCUUUCUGCUCUUAAUGCAGAACUCGGAGUGGGAGUGUACAGGACGACUGAGCUCUUCUUAUUUCUUCAGCAUGAUUUGUGCAUUUGCCUUUUUAUUAUUGCCUUCUCUUUAAAGAAUUAAGGGCUGCUUCACCCUGCUUCUAUCAGAUUGGACGGCAUAACAACUGUUCAGAGACAACUCAUUCUUAAUCCUAACUUUAAUAAAAAGCACCUGUCAAUGGUUUUAAGGCCUAGGAUUGUGUCUAGAGAUGACCAAUUCCUUUUUGUUUAGAGAUCAGAUCUCACUGUGUGUACAUAUUGCAAUCUUUUAAACUUUGAGGAUGAUGAGGAGAGUAGAUUUCACAUCACAGGACGCUGACUGUAUCCUCCAGAGGGGAUUCCCUGUAUAUCACUCCUUGUGUAACCAACGGUGGUUGCUACUGUUAUGAUCACUGGUUUGGUUUGGAUUUCAGAACUUGCAAAGUUGAUAACAGCAGAAUCAGGAACCAUCCAGUUUUCUCUGUGUCUCUCCAUGGUACCAACCCCCUAUGUUCUCCAUAUUUUGUUUGGAAUGUUCCUGAUAUAUAAAUCUUUUGGUUUUUUAAGUGUUUUGUACACUCAUUUUUAGAUUAGUCUAUUGGUAAAUUUAGAACUUCUGGAUUAUUUGUGUCUUGUAUUAUGACCCUGGACCAGACUCCCAAGUUUUUGGUAUGAUCUGGUUAGGGACCAAUAACUUUUUGUUUAAAGGUUUAAAGCAGGCUAAGUUUGAGAUCCAAGAGGCUUGCUAAGAGAAUAAAGGCAUAAAAUUC